AUGUGGCCUACCAGUCAUUUCCAGCGCCCUGUUAAACUUUUGAAAUCGGAUCCUGCAUUUGAAACCUCUAUUAUCGCCCCUGCCAAUAAAAAGGCCCUAAAUCCCACAUUCUAUUUUGAUACCGCCAAACGCGCUAAAGUCUUCUGGCAGUAUGCUGUAACCUGCCACACUUUCUUUCGAGUCAAAGAACCCUCUAGUGCCUCUUCAAAUAGUGCUCUUACCUUCAACGCAGUCAACGGUGGAUUACAACCACCUCCAAUCUCCCUAACUUCCUCUCUCUCCCCCUCCGCCUCUUCAUCCUCCGGGUUUUCAAGGUUCUUCUUCCGAGGAAGUCGAUCUCGUCGGAGUAUGAGUGUUGGAUCUGGUGGCGGUGGUUUAGAACGCACAAUGUCAACCCUAAUGGCGCUACGCAGACGCUCCAAAAGCAUUGAGCGUGGAUUUUUCAGCAGGGGUGUGAGUCGACGAUUUAGUCGACGCCGAAGUUUUGCUCAUUCCGGAAGAACUCAUUCGGUGAAUAUUCUAAAUGCUUAUGAAUCUAGAGAUAGUUUGGGCAUGCAGAGUAUCCCCUCACUGUUGGAUGAAUCCCAGGCACAGAAAAAUGCCUCAACAGAUUUGGAGAGUCCUAUGACGCUGGAGGAGACUGCAGACCCACCUCUCAGGAAAUCUGUGGAUGAACAAAAUAAGAGUGAUCAGCCGUUUACAUCCAAGAAAUUUAGAGCUUCAGCACCAGCUUUAGCUAGGAAACAAGAAUAUUUGCCUUCUCAUGUUUUGAAUCUUGAUUCGAACAUUAACUCCACCAAUGCGGACAAUCUUAUAGCAUCAUCACCCAAUCAAAAGGCUAUAAUGAUAGCAUGGGUGUCACCUGUGGGUACCCUAGAGAAUCCUAUUGGAUAA